AUGCCGGCAGUGACGAUCCAGGGCUGUUGUUUUCAUAGGAAACAAGCCGGCCUAUGGAGAAAGGUAUGUCAAAUUAAAUGUUCGAUGUAAUCAAUGUUAAGUCUGUCAGGAGUCAGAAAGUGGACGAAAGUACAUUUGGCCAUUUACAUAGCUCUAGAUAUAGAAGUGUUAACUCUGUUUACUACAAUUAAAGCUCAAAAUCUAAAAAAAAAAAAAAAAAAAAGAACUGAACUAUAACCUUGUUACAAACGAAGGAAUUCUCGUCUCUGACGAUUAAUUUACAAGUCGUAAGUCUCUUUAUUAAAUACCUGAUUUUUGUUUUGUUUCAGGUUCAAGAACCUGGCCUACAAUCGUCAUACCAUCACGACCGAGGUAUUUUACCAAUUGCUUCGCAAGUUCAUGGCCCUACCAUUCCUUCCAGCCGGCGCCAUUCUAGAAGCGUUCUUCAAGCUGAAAAGAAAGGCCAACACAGACCAGCUGAAAGCCUCCGCCAACUACGUAGAACAGAACUGGAUCGUCAUCAACACCUGGCCGCUGUCCUGUUGGAGUGUUUACCUAAGAGCCAUCCGGACAAACAACGACGUAGAAAGAUGGCACAACGGGCUCAACAGACGAGCGCAGGUAGGUUAACUAUUUGCUUGUCAUUACGCUAUGGUAUCGCCUUUCAUCAGCGAGUCUGUGUCACUAAAAUAGCUUCCGUUAAUUCUCCACCCGCUGUAAUUCGGCAGACGCAAUGGCCGCCGGACUGCAUCAGCAGUUUUAAUUUAAGGUAUCGUUUGGUUAUUGCCUCAGUGCGAGUUAGUAGUUUCUCGGUUUUGUUGCACAUUUUCUCCUUCGAGUUCGUGUUUUAUUUACAUAUAUAUAUAUAUUCUCCUUUUCACCUCAGGGAAAAAGUUAGCUUCCCUUGUACAUGCUGACCAGCUGCUUCACGAAGAGAGCCGCCUGACGACCCUCCAAAUCCGAAUGGUUUCGAAGCAUAAACUGUACAGACUCCCGCGACGAAUGUACCGACAGCUGCAAGCAAAGAUGUUUAGCCUGUGGGUUCAGUACGAGAACGGUGACCGAACGGCGAAGCAGUUGCUGCGAACGGACCGCGAGAUAAUUAACAACCCAACUGUCGAACGAUCUUAUUAGUCUCUUUGAAGGAUUAAAGGUCAUAGUAACAUCAUAGAUAUGGAUUGGAUCAAGGGAUCUCCUGGAUUGGGAAAUCAUGCUGCAAAAUGUCUUUGCAAUGCCUCUUAUCAGUAUAAUGGUUUUCUUGGCACCAUUACUGUAGAACUUGUUUUUGAAAUAAGCAGCUCAGUUUCUAAAAACAUCCUUAAAAUUUGACCUCUCACUCCUCACCACAGACUGAAUGUUGCCUAGAUUGGUAUUUACAAUAAUUUGGUUUAAUUGUUGAAAAAUUUCUUAUUUGCAUGUCCGUAUAAGGCAAUCAUUCUUAGAAAUGGAGUGAUAGAGUACCUCUUGUGAACUUUAAAUAAGACAGACAAAAUUAUUUGAAAAAAAUACUUGUAAAAAAUAUUACACGUGUGUAGUGAAAUCUUGUAUUCAAACUUUGCCUCAACUUUUGUGAGUAAUUGGGUGUUCAACGAGACUCAGAAAUUAGAAAAAGUAAUUUAACUGGCCCACAAAGAGGGAAAGGGGGAAUGCCAACCUGCCCAAAAAUAUUACAAAAUAGUAAAAACCACCUUAGAACUCUGUCUUGUCAGCUGUAAUAUGAUUUAUUAAGACACAAUCAUAACAGGUCUGUCUUUAUACAUGUGGAUAAAAACAUUUUAUUCAAAUAUUACUUGAUUGUUUUUUGAAAUAAGAUGGCACACAAGUACAAUGAUAAAAUGACUAUACAUUAAAAGAAUCCUGUUUUAAUAUGUGUAAUUGUUUCCUACUGAUGGGAUUACAUUUAAAUUUCCUUUUGUAAUCAAUGGCAGAUCAAGGGGGGCAGUUCAGGGAGCUCUGAUCCCCCUCCACUAAGAGCUGUGGGUAUAUUUUUACUACUUAUCUGACAGCAAGACUUAUGCAAUGACAGGAUGCAAGGCAGAAUGCAAUUAAAUUAUCCUUUCAUGUCAUGAGUAUACCACUUU